ACAUGGCUUUUAAAUUAAAAUAAUUUCAGGAUUGUGACUUAAAACAGUAGGGGAUCAUCCCUAAUUUAACACUUUCACUAAAACACAUAAGAGUAUGUGAUAUGUUAUAUUCUUAUAUAAGAAUAAAGUUACCUUGUUUAUACAGUAAAACCGGAUGACCCUUUUCAAGAAUGCAUUGGACAUUCUUCGAAAUUUAUGUUCUCCUUCACUAGCACAAAAUGUAGUAUUCUACAACAGUUACUAACAGAGUUUUCAGAUGUAUUCAGUCAUGGGUAACAAAUCGCUUAAAGGCCGUUAAAAAUUAACAUUCGUUUUGUUGGUAGCUGGUGUCUAGCAACACUCAAGAUAUAUUCAGAUAACAGUCUUGACAUAAAUCAAUUUUCUCUAGUUGCUAGUCAAAGCUCUGACUUUUGCACAGAGACCUAAGAAAUCUUUGACACUGAAGAAAAGCGACUACUGAAUUAAAACCAACUGGCAAGUAAGAAAGAAACUUGGGAUGAUCUUGGAUGAAAAAACUACUUUGUAUUCUUUUACCAUUUUAAUGAUGCGAUGGGGCUCACUGCCUUUAGAAAUAUUUGUUGAGUUGGGUUCUCAGAAUUCCCAAACUAACUUUUAAAGGAUGGAAAUGGCUUCUUUGGAUCCAGGCAGGAUUCAGUCCUGUGUGAUUCCACCAGAAGAUCCAUUAUGCUGAAUUUUAUAGACUGCCUUUAAACAUGUUAUAAGAUUGAGAGCGCUAUAAUAAAACGAUAAGCUACGAUCCCUUCUCUUUUACUGUGUUUUUUUUUUCCAUUGGUAAAGCCAGUCUUUAAAGAAUUGUUCUUUGCAAUGAAAGGGUUAUCGAAAUAAUUAGGAUCAAUUUAUUUAACUUUGAUACCAAACGUAAUUAAGAGGACGUUACUGCUUUUUAAUAUAUGUGUGUGUGUGUGUGUUUCUCAUUGCAGACAGGAAAGCUAAGCUUCUGUAUGGUAUCUUAACUCUCAGGAAACAGGCUUUUUAUUAGCCUAAUCAAUUUGAUUAAAAGGCAGGCACUUUCACACCUUUUAAUAAAAUGGGUUAUAGUCUGGAGAAGUGCUACCAGACUCCUUCUGAUUUACUGAUAAAAAAUAAUGACAUGGGAACGACACAUGGCAAUAAAUUUUAAUAGAAAUCAAAAUUCCUUUAUUUCUAUCCAGCUUUCCUCUUGAAUCAAAGGUAUCCGGUGGAUCCUGAACCAGAAUGACAAAUAAAGCCCAAGAGGAUGCCGUCAUCAAUCUCCAGUCCCUCCGAGAUCUUGGCAAGCAGCUGAGCUUCGAGUGGCCCAUGGUGGCCUAUGAACUGGGAUUCACUCGGGCUGAAAUUGGCCAGAUCCAUGCUGUCACCCCAGAGAAGAAAAGUCAGGCUCAGAAGAUGCUGGAACACUGGUACGAGCGAUCGUGGGACAAACCGAACAAGACAAAACUGCUUCAAGAGGCUCUCGAAAAAUCUGGACGGCAGGAUUUGGCCGAGAAGCUUCGUUGCCUUCACUGGGGCCAUCAGAAGUUGAGCGAUAAGGUGGAGCUGCCCUCGGCGUUCCCCUUCCUCAUCACCGUGUAUAAGACGACGAACAACAAGGAGCGGCUCAAGAAAAUCAACCAGCUUACUCAUAAGUAAAUCCGGAGAUUCCCAAACCUCACAUCAAGAGCCGAGCUGAGCUCAGCGGGACUCUUUAAAACAGGGGUCUCCAACCUUGGUCCCUUUAAGACUUGUGGACUUCAA